AAAGCACAGCUACUCAUUUCGCGACUAAAUUUUGAAAGAUCGACAUCAUCGACAUCUAACAAUUAGGAUUGCUUGUCGCUAACUGCACUGACAGAACCUCUACGAUCGUUUCUGCGCUGGCGCACAUUAAUCAUAUUUACAAACAAUCAUCACAAGUUCUUCAUCCGUCGGUGAAUGUAUACAUUCCAAACGGCUGUGAUUGAUCAGCAAUUUUAUGUUUCUGAGAAUAUCGAAGUGUGACUUUACGAUUUAAAGUGUAGUGUUUGUCUACGUAUCUCUUUAACUGUUUAAAAUGGAUGCUGACGAUUUCAAGCAACUUACGUUGGAAAUUUUAUGGGAUGAAAAACAUAUAACACGUUUUGUGUGUGAGCUGCGCUUGACACUGUUCAUAAACGCUCUAAACGUAGCCGAACGAAGACCACAAUGCCUAAUGCCAUUUCCGUCCGUUUUUUUCGAUCGCGUAACUAAAACGAAAGACAUUGAACGACUUAGACAUCAUAUUGGGUUGAUACCACCAUUGGACGACAUAAAGGACGAUACUGAAUUUCCGCUGUUGACAUGGCAAUUACUUUAUUGGAUAUUCACCAAUCCAUUAACCAUAUCCGCAUUACACCUGGAAGAACCGAGAAACGUUUUUAUCGAUCGUCUAAUUGAAGAAACCAAACUCACCGACAUUCCCCACUAUCAAAGAGUGAUUUUUUUCAAAAUCAAUAAUCACACCAACGAAGAGAAAUUCCUUGAACUAAAGGAACGUCAUGGCACAUUUUUCGCCUACCAUGGAUCCAACUUCGAAAACUUUCAUUCGAUCAUCCAUCGUGGACUCAUCGGUGCUUUGAACGAACGAAGUGCUUAUGGAUUUGGCACGUAUCUAUCAAUGAACUAUUUGACGGCAUUCCAGUACGCUUCACAGUCAACCAUUUGGCCACACAGUAGACUUCUAUCAACGGAUAAGAGUGUUAGAUGCAUCGGAAUUGUUGAAGUUGUAGACGAUGCUUCCAUUAAUUGGCCGGGUUUGCGAGCGGUUAGCCAAGGAAGUGACUUAUGGUCGGAAAGAAAGCAGUGCUACUGUUGUGUGGUAAAUCGCGAUGAAUUGAUGCGACUGCGCUAUGUGUUGGUUGUAAUGUAGCUUUGGAAACAAAUGUUAAGUGGGAAAUGAGUGUCGUUUCAUUCAAAGACUGAUGCCAUAACUUAGAAAUAUUCGAUGAUCAGUUACUGUGAUUCAUAUCGUUAAAUUCAAGGCUUGAAUUUCAAGCCAUUAUGUUGGAUCAUCAAAUUUGUUCUAAAAUCGAUUAAAAUGCUUCACGCAACAAUUUAAAUUGGGUUUCACUUUA